GGAUGAUACCAACCGUUCAUGUUAACAUGGGGUAGUCGAACUGGUCUACCCGAAUUUCUUUGUCCGUACAAAACAAGAACAACCACGGUCUCGCCAUCUCGGUAUGAGAGUCGAAUAUUUUAUGUUGUGAAUUCCGCUUUUUUAGCGGCGAACUUUCCUUUAAAGAAGAAACAAACCGGAUUGUUUGUUGGUCACCCCCUUUCAGAGACAACCGCCGAAUCUUUGACGUGAAACUCCCAAGUCGGAUGUGCGCUUCCGCGUUGCCGUCAGGCGUGCGGUCAGAGACGGAGGAUGAGCAACCACAAAUGUAGCACUUUGUAUCAGAAACCACGAGGACGGACGAGAAUUAUUCAAUCUAUCUAUGUGGUUGGCUUCAUGGACUUGUUUGGGGUGAGCAUGAUCAUCCCGCUGUUGAGCCAUCACGUCAAAGCGCUCGGAGCAAGUCCGACUGUUGCUGGUAUUGUUGGGUCCACAUAUGGCGUCUUACAGUUGUUCUCAAGCACAGUCGUGGGCAGCUGGAGUGACGUGGUGGGUCGGCGUCAGUCUCUGUUGACCUGCUUACUUCUGAGCGCUUUCGGCUACGGCCUGCUGGGAAUGUCCACCAGCAUCCCUUUGUUUGUGCUCUCACGGAUCCCCGUGGGACUGUUCAAGCACUCCCUGUCCAUCUGCAGAGCCCUGCUGUCCGACCUGGUGUCUGAGGCAGAGCGCCCCCUGGUGAUGGGACACUUCAACGCCGCCUCCAGCGUGGGCUUCAUUCUGGGGCCCGUGGUGGGCGGCUACCUGACGGAGCACGAGGGCGGCUUCUACACCUCUGCUCUCGCCUGUGCCGCCAUCUUCCUCAUCAAUGCAGGGCUUGUAUGGCUGCUUCCGUGGGACCACAUUAUCCUACAUUGUAACGCCACCAAUAACCCCAGCAAAUCAAUCAGCAACGGUUGCUCAACCAAGAGCCACGUCUCAGCACGGACCUACCCAGAUAUUGCGAGGACGCGGCCGUCCUCCCGGCAGCCUGCCUGGCGCCAGCUGUCCUCGGUGGGCUCCAGGAUCCGCAUGGUGGCCUUGUCCGACAUGUGGGACCUGUUCCUGGUGCGCCUGCUGAUGGCCGUGGCCAUCAUGCUGUACUACAGCAACUUCUCGCUGGCCAUGGAGGAGCGCUUCUCUCUCAAGCCCAAGACGACAGGCUACCUCAUCAGCUACAGCAGCACUCUUGGCGCGCUGGCCGGCUUCCUGGUGGGACCCGUGACCAAGCUCUACGGAAACAACAUGGCAGCCCUGCUGCUGCACUCCACUCUCCUGACGUGUCUGCUUAUCACGCUGUACGCCAGCGCCCAGGGCGUGUGGCAGGUGCUGCUCACCUCCACCUUCUUUGCCAUCUCCACCACAGUUGGGCGCACCAGCAUCACCGACCUGGAGUUACAGAGAGGCGGGGCGCGGGGUAGCGGGACACUGAUCGGCGCCGGACAGUCGGUAACGGCCGUGGGUCGCGUGCUGGCCCCGUUACUCUCAGGUGUCACCCAGGAGUUCAGCCCGUGCGGCCCCCCCAGUCUGGGGGUGCUGCUGGCUCUCGCAGCGGUGGCCGUGCUUCUUGUUCGAAUCCCUAAAUGGAGCAAGAUGGGGAGGAUAAAAAUGGCAACUAAAAUAGAGUAACAAGACCAGACUUUUCUUCAAAGCACUGAACUUUUUUCUCAUACUGUACAAUUUUGUUCAGAGGGGGGGGGGGUUUAUAUAUUUAAAACUAUUUUUAUGGUUUGACAGUCGUGCUUCUUUAGCUGUACUCUAAGCACCAGUGAUCACUGCUGUAUCACACUAAACGACCACUGAAUCUGAAUCUGUGUUCAGAAUCCUUCACUUCUCCCUAAUCACUAAUUAGCGGUGCCUUGACUACAACUUUGUGUUUCAUUACCAGGCCAGCGAUUCACAACAAUCAUAUCUAAAAUCAUUCUGAAAUGAAUGGAAUUCAUUGCAGCGCCC